AUUGGGAUUGGGACCACGUGGUGAUUCUACCACUACUCAAAGCAGCACCUUCUCUAUAGCAACGGUUCUAUCAAGUUUCAUCAGAUAAGGUGCACUGCAUUCGUUCACAGCCAUGGUCGAAGCUUCAAGGAUCAUGUACACCACCACUCUUCUUCCUAGCUUCACUCCAACAAUUCACAAAACCCAUCUAGGCCACCGUCACCUCACCGUGUCACGCAAGCACCAAGUUCAAUGUUCAGUCUCUGCAAGCACAGAUGGUGCCACACGAAGCCGAACCUCAGCCAUUCCUUGGGGUUGUGAUAUGGAUUCAGUAGAGAACGCUUCAGCUCUGCAGAAAUGGUUGUCGCAGUCAGGGCUUCCACCGCAGAAGAUGGGUAUAGAAAAAGUGGAUGUGGGAGAGAGAGGACUUGUUGCAUUGAAGAAUGUUAGGAAAGGGGAGAAGCUUCUCUUUGUGCCUCCCUCACUUGUCAUUACUGCUGAUUCUGAGUGGAGCUGCCUAGAAGCUGGUGAAGUUUUGAAAAAGAAUUCAGUGCCAGAUUGGCCACUGCUUGCAACUUACCUCAUUAGUGAAGCUAGCCUCAUGAAAUCUUCAAGAUGGUCAAAUUAUAUAUCAGCUUUGCCUCGUCAACCUUACUCACUUCUAUACUGGUCACAAGAAGAACUGGAUCGCUACUUGGAAGCUUCUCCGAUUAGGGAGAGAGCAAUUGAGAGGAUUAAUAAUGUCAUUGGAACAUACAAUGAUUUGAGGCUCAGAAUAUUUUCCAAAUACACUGAUUUAUUCCCUGAAGAGGUGUUCAACAUGGAGUCUUUCAAGUGGUCAUUCGGCAUUCUUUUCUCUCGCAUGGUUCGUUUGCCCUCAAUGGAUGGAAAGGUUGCCUUGGUUCCUUGGGCAGAUAUGCUGAAUCAUAGUUGUGAUGUGGAGACAUUUUUAGAUUAUGAUAAACAGUCAAAGGGGAUUGUCUUUACGACAGAUCGGCCCUAUCAACCAGGUGAGCAGGUUUUUAUUUCAUAUGGGAAAAAAUCUAAUGGGGAGCUUCUGUUAUCAUAUGGAUUUGUUACAAGGGAGGGUGCUAAUCCUAGUGAUUCAGUUGAGUUGUCACUAUCACUCAAGAAAUCUGAUGGGUCCUACAAGGAGAAGUUAGAACUGCUGAAGAAGUAUGGGUUAUCAGGAUCUCAGUGUUUUCCUAUCCGAAUUACUGGUUGGCCAUUGGAGUUAAUGGCUUAUGCUUACUUAGCUGUUAGCCCUUCAAGCAUGAGAGGACAAUUUGAGAAGAUGGCUGCUGCAGCAUCGAAUAAAAUUACUUCCACUAAGGACUUCAAAUAUCCUGAAAUAGAGGAGCAAGCAUUGCAAUUCAUACUAGAUAGCUGUGAAUCCAGUAUAUCAAAAUACAACAAGUUCUUACAGGCAAGUGGAUCACUGGAUUUGGAUGUGACCUCUCCAAAACAACUCAAUCGAAGACUCUUUCUAAAGCAGCUAGCUGUGGACUUGUGUACCAGCGAACGAAGGAUAUUAUACCGUGCUCAAUAUAUAUUGCGAAGACAACUGAGGGAUAUGAGGGAUGGUGAACUAAGGGCCUUCAAACUCUUUGAUGGUGUCCGGAAUUUUUUCAAAUGAGGCCAUUCACGGGUGCAUUGUUUUCUUGUGGAUGUAUCUAUCUUCCCCUUUCAUAUGAUGAACUUUGUUCAGCUCAUACAUGCUGGGUUUAUUGAUAACAUAUAACUGGUAGUUGCUUCUGUCUAUGGAUGGUCCUUUAUGUUCUGAAUCUAAGGCUAUGAUUGGAUUGGUGGAACUUACUAGAGUGGAACAGAACGAAAUGGGAUGGAACAGGAUAAAAAUACAUUUCCAUUGUUACAUUUUAUGAUAGUGUGAAACAAAUUUACCACUGUACUGUUUAGAUACUACCACUGUACUGUUUAGAUACUGGACGAAACAAAAUGAAUUAUACUUUUUAUUUAUUCUUAAA